GAUGGGUGCGCUUGGAUGUCGCUAUUCGUUCAGUUGUAAUAAUUUUAUGAUUACUUCUGAAUAUUUUUUAACAAUUUUUGUAAGUCGUAUCCAUCUCUUUUUUAUGUGUUUGUGCAAAAAGUGCUCAUAGUGUAUUUUGUUUUAACAAUGCUAUCCAAUGCAUCCUCGCACUGAAUAUGGCUGAGGAAAGACUUGUAGUUCUAAACCGAAGUGACAACUUAGGUUUCGGAUUUUCUUUGCUAAGUGAAGCCGGUUCGCCUCACAUAAUUUACAAAAUUGAAGAAAAUUCUCCAGCAGCACGCAGUGGCGAGAUAGAGACAGGAGAUGUAUUGCUCAAGGUGAAUGGGACUGAUGUGAACCGGUUCACGACAAGGGAAGUUUUAAAAUGUUUACGACUCUCGUCGGAUCCCGUCACAUUACGGCUGAAAAAGGAUCCACAGAUCAAAGCAAACGUAAGGAGAUACCUAACAGCCGCCGCCGAGCGACGGAAUAGUGGUUCCCGGAUUAAAACUGAAAAACCGGAUUCCCCAUUAUCCAGCAAUUCAAACAGCAACUCGUCUAGCAAUUCGUCGAGCAACGGUUCGGGAGUUCAGUCAGGCGAAAGCUGUGAAGCUCUUCUAACAGAAGACAGGCUUCGACCGAGGGCUAACCAGCCCAAAUUCGAAGCCUACAUGAUGACAGGAGAUCUGAUGCUGAAUCUGUCGAGGGUCGAACAUCCACAUCACAAUCAUCAUGCGCCAACACAUAGAACACAUUAUCACAGAUAUAAUUCAACACCGGCUUCCCCGAGUGAGAACAGAGUAGCAGCCCGAGUCGAACUCUCCCACAGACACAAUUCCUCACCAGACACAGGCUUGCUUGGGGAACACGCCAAAUUAUAUAACUCUCAACCUGCGUCUCCGGCAGGCGGGGCCACAUCCACGGGUGAAAUAUCAUCACGAACACAGCAACAGAUUGUUCGCACUUCACGCUCCGAAGAUCACUUACAGCAAAUAUGUAAACUUCAGAAGGAGUCGUCUCUGAGCGCUGUGGCGGUAGAUAUGGAAGAGGAUGUGACGUCAUCGCUCAACACGCUGUUGGACGCGCGACCGGAUUCCGCAACACCUGGACCUAGAUCUGACUCGGAUGAGAGAGACAGGAUCGUAUGGACCUAUAACGCGCCCGUGUCUCAGUGCAAUGGCUCUGCUGCCACAUCCAACUCCACCUCCAUAUCUGAUGGGAUCUCACAGCGGUCUUCGUCACCCGCGUCUCCAACGUCAGCAUCAUGGUCCGCCUUAUCCCCACCGCAUAGACAACACCUCGCGCCGCAACACCAUCGCACACUUAAUGGUGACAUGAGCCUCUCGGAGGCCGUGUCGAACAUAUCUAGUCCGGACUUCCAAGACCAGGAUGACAUGUUUGAAACUGGCCGGGAAUGUCCUCGCAUGGAGUUAUCCGAUCCCUCAGAUUCGGAUUCUACCAUUCUGGUUUCCGAACCUUGCCACAAACGUGCAAAAUCGGCAACUUUAUCCGAUACGAGUGACGUUACACUCAACGGCGCGGACAAAGACUACAGAAUAGUGAUACAAGUGAAGGGGCCGGAUAAAGGCAAUAAUAAUGACCAUUUGAAUAAUAAUAAUAAUACAAAUUAUCCUCAAAAUGGAAAAGAGAAUGGGUGCACAUCGCCGGAGAAUCAGGGUUAUCAGGAAUUAGCUUCAGACCCGGGCUCGGACGAAGGAUCUGAUGUGGACUCUUUACACUCGUUCCAUUAUAGUCCGAAGGCAGUGGAUAUUCCAUCGGCUGAAAGGCUCGCGAAACGGCUUUACCACCUUGAUGGCUUUAAGAAGUCGGAUGUAUCCAGACAUCUUAGUAAAAACAACGAUUUCUCAAAAGCAGUAGCAGAGGAAUAUGUAAAGCAUUUCGAAUUGACUGGCGCGACGCUAGAUGUCGCUUUACGGACGUUCUUAUCAAGGUUCGCGCUCAGCGGGGAAACCCAGGAGAGGGAACGAGUCCUUGUGCACUUCUCCCGGAGAUAUUUGGAAUGUAACCCCGGCUCUUUUAAUUCACAAGACGCCGUACACACUUUAACCUGCGCGAUAAUGCUGCUAAACACGGAUCUUCACGGAUGCGGCGGCGGCUCAUUUCGGCGGAUGUCCUGUGCGGAGUUUAUAGACAAUUUAGCGGAUCUCAAUGAUGGCGAAAACUUCCCUCGGGAGACGCUCAAACAGCUUUACUAUGCGAUACGAACUCAGCCGCUACAAUGGGCGUUAGACGCAGAAACACCAGCCGCAACGAGUAACGAGAAUCGAAACAAUGGUGGUGGAACUAACCCAUUCCUGCAUGUGCCGGACCAGAGUCGGGCAGUCGAGUACAAGAAGGGUUAUGUCAUGCGAAAGUGCUGUGUCGAACCUAAUGGGAAAAAGACUCCAUUUGGCAGAAGAGGAUGGAAAAUGUUCUACUGCACUUUGCGAGACUUAGUGCUGUACCUACACAAGGACGAACACGGAUUCAGACGGAGUCAGAUGUCCGAUAAUCUUCACAAUGCAAUACGAAUACAUCACGCGUUAGCCACAAAGGCAACAGAUUACACGAAAAAGCAACAUGUGUUCAGACUACAGACUGCGGAUCAGGCCGAAUACUUAUUUCAAACAAGCGAUUCAAAGGAGCUAAACUCCUGGGUGGAGACGAUAAACUUCGUGUGUGCUGCAUACUCAGCUCCACCUUUAGCGGGCGCGGUCGGGUCGCAACGCAAGUUUCAGAGGCCGCUACUACCUUGCUCACAUACUAAGCUCUCUAUGCGGGAACAGUUAGCGGAUCACGAGGAGCGCGUGUCCCGUUUAGAAGAGGAACUAGCAGCUCUGAGACACGCUAGAGACCACUCCAGAGAACAACAGCACUGUCGCGAUAAAGAUCAUUAUCUCGUCUAUGAAAUAAAAAGAUACCGCACAUACGCGUACGUGAUGCGCACGCGCAACGGCGGCACCGGCGUCGAGGAGAGCGCGCCCGCUCUGCCCGAGCGCAACGAGAGGCCUCCGUGACGGGCCAUGGCGGUCUUCGCCGCCUGCGUCUUGUGACUGCCGUGUGUCCCCGACCCCACCUACUUGCCCGUAGGACAGUGAUAAGUGACCUCUCACGGCAAAUGUUUUCAAUUGUGAUUUCAUGCUUCCGCCCCAAACUCCCAAUACAUAAUUGCCGUAUGUCCCAACGUAGGUGAUUUACCAAAUGUAAACUUCUUCGGAUCCCAAAAUGUGUUGUUUGGGCAAUGGCCCAAACCCACAGGAAUAGUCACAAGUAAUAGCCCAGUGGUUUUGUAUUGUGAUUUGUAAAUAUCUCUCGCAAAUCAAAAUGAGGAAAAAAUAUACACUGAAUACCAUGCUAUUUACAUGUGUGUAAACUAUAAUUAUUUGAUGCCUAUGUUUAUGAAAGUAAUUAGGUCAUCAUGUACUUUUGGCACGAACCCAUUUAUAAUCAUAAAAUAUAUAAGCGUGGAACUUUUCCUGUCUCAAGGAAUAGAAUUUUUCUCUAUGUGAAAUUCUUUUUUAACCGUUUGGUUGGUGAAGGUUAAUUUUUACAACCUUAAAGAAAAGUCGAUUUGCAGUCGAAGUUGGGCAAAUAUCAGUGAAACUUCAUAAAUCAUUAAAUAUGUAUUAUGCGUGUGAGCAUGUUGUAAAGCCGGUUUAAUUUAUCUCUAUGGCCUGGAGCGAGUGUAUUUUGGCCUAAUAUGUGAAAAUCUUUUCUCCUAAAAAUUUGCUCAUUAUGUCGAAUUAUAUUUAUAAUUUUUACGUCAUUCUUUAAUUUUGGCUCUAAAGGCUUUAUGUUAUUUUUCUUGCAGAACAAAAGUAUAAUUAAAUUACGUACUAGGAUUUUUCUUAUUGAAAAUUGCGUAUGAAAUAAUUAACAUUGAUUUAACAGUGAUUUUGUCACGUACAUAAUGAAUUGAAUUGUUGUCAUUUAAAUGAAAAUAAAACUAUUUCAAACAUAUCUCAAGGGGACACGAAAAUUAUGCCCGCUUUAGGGUCAUUUAAAAUUUGUAUUUGUUAUGGUGCAAUACUAAAUUAUUUAUUUUUUAAUUCAUGUUUCAAAAUUCUCUAAGCCCUGCAUUUCUUUCAUACAUUUUAUACAACAAAAUUAAAAGCUUUGCACCAAAAGCCGUAAUUGUGCAGAAAAUUUAGAUAGGAACUAAAUAAGCCAAGAAUUUUACUAAAUAUUCGUAUAUGUAACGAUAUCAUCGAAAGUUUGAGUCAGUUCAUUAUAAUCCAUCAAAAGACUGAAUAUUAUACUCGGCGAGUAGACAUUCCAAUUAUACAGCUGAUAGGACAACAUGGUAUGUCCGCACUGACGACAAGUCUAAGAUUUAAACAUCUUUCUAACUCCAAUACAUGGUAAUAUUACAAUGCAAUUUUUUAGGGAUAAAUGCUCUUAUACUGAAACUUUUAAAUAAAUGACACAAUACUUGUGUUAUGUUUACUAGAUUUAUAGAAAAUUACAAUAAAUUUUUAACUGUGCAAACUUCCUCUUUGUUGUAUCCAGUUAUUGAUGUGUGAGCUUAUUGGGAAACGCUCAUGCCAAAACAUUUUAAAAUAAAUAUUCGUACACACACAAUGUAAUUCACAAAGCUCUAGUCAUAUCUGGCAAUCAGUGCGGAUGUACCCUAACACAUAUAGUCAACAAAUUGCUUUAUCGAAUUUACGUUAAUAUUAGGUUCGGGAGCGUGUCAUUAUAAAAAUUACAAUUAAUCUUAAUAGUUAACCUUAAAUCACUUAAUCACACAUCUAGUCCUGUCUUCCUAAACAUAGUGUGCAUAGAUAAUGUUUCACCGAUACAUAGCUGAUGAAUUAUUUAUGAUUAGAUAUUAAAGUACAUUAAAUCGUAGAGUAUUAUGUUAAUCUCAUAUAAUAUUUUGCCGUCUUGAAUGUGUGUAUGUUAAGAAAAAACUCUCUAUGGUUAUUACUAUUAUUAGUCAAAAAUUGAAUUGCGAAAUUUUUGUGAUAUUUUCGGAUAACGCUAUGUUUUAGUUGUUGCACAUGAUUUAUAAGCUGUAUGUUCAUAAGA